GCCCCUGCGCGGUGCGUCGCCCGCCAGUCCACCCGUUCCUCAGGGGCUCCGGCGCCCUCCCCUCGGCCUCCCCAGUCCGCCCGCGCGGCUCUCGCGGCUCCUCCGCGAGCCGGCCGGGAGCUUGCGCCCUCGCGCUCUCUCGGUAUCCGAGGGGGGCCGCCUCGGGCCAUGGUUCCCUCCCAGGAGGAGCCCGCCUCCGCCGCGCGGGGCACGAGUGAGGCGCAGCCUCCCGGCCCUGCACUCCUGGGGGACGCUCCUCUGUCCGUCCCGGGACCCUCGGACGGCUCCGAGGCAGCCGCCGAGAAGGUGGAGGUGGAGCUGGCGAGGCCGGCGGGCGCGGAGCCCCGGGAGCCCCCCGAGGGCGGCUGGGGCUGGUUAGUGAUGCUGGCGGCCAUGUGGUGCAACGGAUCGGUGCUCGGCAUCCAGAACACCUGUGGGGUGCUCUUCGUGUCCAUGCUGAAGACCUUCGCGUCCAAGGACGAUGACAAGAUGGUCUUCAAGACAGCCUGGGUAGGUUCUCUCUCCAUGGGGAUGAUUUUCUUUUGCUGCCCAAUAGCCAGCGUCUUCACAGACAUAUUUGGCUGUCGGCAAACAGCUGUGUUGGGUGCUGCUGUGGGCCUCAUUGGACUCAUGUCCAGUUCUUUUGUAAGUUCCAUCGAGCCUCUGUACCUUACCUAUGGAAUCAUAUUUGCCUGCGGUUGCUCCUUUGCAUACCAGCCUUCAUUGGUCAUUUUGGGACACUAUUUCAAGAAGCGCCUUGGACUGGUGAAUGGCAUUGUCACUGCUGGCAGCAGCAUCUUCACAAUUUUGCUGCCUUUACUUUUAAGGGUUCUGAUUGACAGCGUGGGUCUCUUUUAUACCCUGCGGGUCCUCUGCAUCUUCAUGUUUGUUCUCUUUCUGGCUGGCUUUACUUAUCGACCUCUCGUUUCUAGUGCCAAAGAUAAAGAGAGUGAAGGGAGAAGAUUCUUCCUUUUUUCCAGGAGAAAAUUCAGUCCUCCAAAAAAAAUUUUCAAUUUUACCAUCUUCAAGGUGACAGCUUAUGCAGUGUGGGCAGUUGGAAUUCCACUUGCACUUUUUGGCUACUUUGUGCCUUAUGUUCACUUGAUGAAACAUGUGAAUGAAAAAUUUCAAGAUGAAAAGAAUAAAGAGGUGGUUCUCAUGUGCAUUGGCAUCACUUCAGGAGUUGGAAGACUUCUCUUUGGCCGCAUUGCAGAUUAUGUGCCUGGUGUGAAGAAGGUUUAUCUACAGGUGCUCUCCUUUUUCUUCAUUGGUCUGAUGUCCAUGAUGAUCCCCCUGUGUAGCGUCUUCGGGGCCCUCAUUGCCGUCUGUCUCAUCAUGGGUCUCUUCGAUGGAUGCUUCAUUUCUAUUAUGGCCCCCAUUGCCUUUGAAUUAGUUGGUGCUCAGGAUGUCUCCCAAGCAAUCGGAUUUCUUCUUGGAUUCAUGUCUAUACCCAUGACUGUGGGCCCACCCAUUGCAGGCUUGCUUCGUGACAAGCUGGGCUCCUAUAAUGUGGCAUUCUACCUUGCGGGGAUCCCUCCCCUUAUUGGAGGCGCUGUACUUUGCUUUGUUCCAUGGAUCCAUAGUAAGAAGCAAAGAGAGAUCAGUCAAACCACUGGAGGAGAAAAGAUGGAGAAAAUGUUGGAGAAUCAAAACUCUUUGUCUAGCUCGCCUGGAAUCUUCAAGAAAGAAUCUGACUCUAUUAUUUAAUGUGCUACAUACCUCCACAAGACUAGACUUGCUUUUGAAUUUUAAGCAAGUUUUCCUUUUAUAUGAAUUGCAAAUUUCUUAUUUUUUUAAUCACAUCCUCAGAAUAGCACAAUAAUUGGGAAAUGGAACACUUAUUACUACAAGAACCAUUUUCUGUUACCAAAUAGCUGUCUUAUAUUUCCAGGAGUCUGAGGGAAGAGACUGUUACAGGAAAACAUGUCUGAAAGUCAAAUAUUGUGAACAUUUGAUGCUAUCUCAGUAAAACCACUUUGGAAACUGUGAAUGCUAUUUAGUUUAUACAAAUAUUUUUUAAAUACCUCGAGCUAUAUUGAAAGGGUUGCAGUUUGGUUAGGACUGGAAAUACUUUGUAUUUCAUAUGGUGUCUUUAGUUCCAGUGUUUUAAUUUCUUUUGCAUUUUGGAAACUUUUUGCAAAAUUUAAUCCUGGAUUCUAAAUAAUAACAGAUCUACCUAAGCUUCAAGUCUACUGUUAAAUAUUUAAACUAUGAAAUUGGGAGAUUUUGACUUGCUCCAGUGUCAAGAGACCUUCCAGGAAGAGAUGCUAGCAAUGCACUCAGAAUGGAUAUGUGAGAUGGAAAGGACCUUCUGUAUGAGGCAAAGCAGUUCAGAAGUCAGGCACUUCUUCCAUUUAUGCUUGUUCCCUUUGGGUUUGCAACGUGUUUUAUUCCAGUAGCCAGAAACAUCCAAACUUUCUGAUUUGUGUAAACAAUAAAGUAAAAUAGAAUGCA